AUGUCGAAGGCGCAUAUGAAGGGAAUCACAGGAGCACCUUACAGGGCACGUUGUGAUGCUUUGACUGUCACAGGUGUGUCUUGGUUGUCGUACACUGAGCAUCGGGGGGUUAGGGCCUUUGAGCUGAUUUCAUCAUUACAUGGUCAGCUGAGAUGGGGUCCUAUGGUGGUCACAGCUCAACCGGAAAGGGUAUCUGCGGAUUACAUGGAGUGGUUUCUCCAGAUAUCUCACCCAUUCAUGAUACCGACCCAGGCAGGUGACCAGUACAGAGAUGCACCUAGCGCAGACCCUGAGGAGUACAUGCAGCCGUCCAGCCCCCAGGAUGAUUAUGACUACUAUGAGGCGAUUGCACAGAGGUUGGAGCGUGUGCUCAACCUUAGGAUGGUCAUUGCAGGCACAAAGUUAUAUGAUAUUAUGCAGGAUUGCCUGACGAUCGCCAGAGGGGGAGCCAGUGCUGAUGGAAGUGUCACGGCUCGACAGAGACAAUGCACAGAGCGUUGA